CGGGUGUCUAGAAAACAAAGACCUUGACCAUUGAAACUUUGCACAAACUUCGACAGAGCGAAUAUCAUCAAGCUUUAUUUGAACCUUAAACUGAAGUCGGUAUUUCAUAACAAACGCACCAAUAACAGUGCAAUAAGAGCUGGCGUGACGCUAGGGUAAAAUCUUACAUUUACGGCCCUAAACGACACGACGAACAUUCCUGCCUUUUAACACGGGAUACCCCACGCCACGCCCCCCUUCCCACCGGGCCAGAAAUGUAGCAAGCACUCCACCGGGGUAGAUCGAAAUCGCAUUAGGAGCUUCCCAUAAACUGUACGACCAAAAAAUGUAGCUCUUCUAAUGCGAACAUCCAAUGCCUCUCUCGCUUAAGACAUGUUUGAGAAUGUUCCUCUCUAGGAGUUGGGGAGUUUGUUACCCUAAAUUGCACAUUAAGGAGAGCUAUUUUCAUCAUGGGUGGUUGGGGUGGUGGAUAAAACAUAACAGAAAAAUUGCGAAUCCACUGGGAGGUUAGAAUGUCGCAGAGAGGGCAAAAAAAUUCGAGGUCGGGUUCCACAGGGGGACUGAGGCAGCUUGUACAUUGGCAAUCGCAAGCUUUGCAAACAGAUUAUUUCAACGAGGGUACGACAACCAAGAAUAAGAAAUGGGUUUACUAAUGCCAUCUUUAGGUCAUUUCAGAGCCGUUUAUACUAACACAAAUUCCAAGUUUUGUGCACAAUGAUCCAAUAGACGUUCAUUGACUUGAAAGUGUGAACCUACGUUAGUGUACGAAUUUUGAUUUCUAAUUCACAUUCAGCUUAUGAGACGAGGUUACAAUUUAGAUAACAUCAUCUUAGACAUGACAAUCUUUUCCAGUUAAUUUGCCUUCUUUUUAAGUUGGACAAAUAUAAACCCAGUAAACAAUGAAAUCUGUUUUCUGCUGAACUUCACAGUACUGUUUGUAAUUAUUUGACCGGUUACCUUUCUAUGAAUACAAAGCAGCAUUAUUAAAAAGACCUCGUGCCUCUGAAGUGCUCGGUUUCUUUUAAUUAUUCAUUUUCGCCUUGUCUCUUCACACCUAUAUUUAAGAUGCCAUGUAAAACGACUAAUCCCCAGGGAAAUUCAAAUGCUAUUAGUGUCACGUUGGCGACCACAAAAGAACUAUUGAAAAUUUCAAUUUAAACAAAGCAAUCCCGUAAGCACUUAAGAGGUGUUUGCAUACAGGAUUUAGAUGAAGCAUUUUCGUUUGAAAUAACCUAAGAGGAAAGAAAAUCAAUGCACCAAUUGGAAUAACAUUUGAAGAUGAAUGCGUCUCUUGAAAACGCAACACUGGUCACUUCGCUCGGUUAUCCAUUGGCGCUUAGGAGUUCAGUAGAAGUGAUAGUUGAAAUUGUGGUGGGCUGUCUUCUGUUCAUCCUCGGCAUCAUAGGGAAUGGUUUGGUUUGUUAUGUAAUUACCCGCAGCCGUUACACCAAAUCGUCAAUGUAUUUUUUCAUGGUACAACUUGCUGUCGCCGAUAUCUUGGUUUGCUCGGUUUCCAUUCCGCUUACUUUGGUAUCAACGCAUCCAAGACCAUUACUACUUCUACAAAAAGAUGUUACGUGCAAAGUAGUUCGCUUUUUCCAGUACCUUCUGCCUCCGGCUUCUGUCAGUAUUCUCACCGCAACUGCAGCAGACCGUUUCCUUCUCAUCUGUUAUCCUCUAAAGUUUCUGUACCGCACCAAAGUCAAGUUCCUAGCAAUAUGCUGUUGGUUGUACGCAGUGAUUCUAACUUUGCCAGAGAUUCAUCUCAUCAACUCCUUCCCUAUCAUUUACAACAACGAAGUCUACCAGUUCUGUGCAAUAAAGGAAACUUCCUUCGAUUCAAAACUUGGUUUCAUUUACUUGACAGUUCGUGCGAUCCUGGGAUUUCUGACGCCUCUCUUGAUAAUAAUCGCCCUUUAUUACAACAUUUUAAAAACAAUAUGGAAAAGAAAAACUAUAAAGAGUAGAAUGAGGAAAAAUGCCAUCAAAAGCUUGACUAUGGUGGUGUUUGCGUUUUUCCUCAGCUGGGCUCCGUUUUCAGUGAUAUCGAAGUAUUGUAUUCUAGUCGAAAAGCGAUAUUACACUAUCUCUAGAGCGGAGAUAAUCACCUUUUGGAUCGGUUUGUCAGCAUCGGUCUAUAAUCCCCUCAUUUAUGCAUUCUACAACAAGAAUUUUCGAGACGCAUUUCGCGAGGUUGUUCUACACAAAAAAACACAGAGAAAAGCCACAGUUGUUUUACCGCCACCAGAAAAAGCUGUCAGAGAAGCAGUCCCUAUAACAAUUCCUGAUCUUAAAACUGGAACACCAGUCCUGCUUAAACACACAAAACUCGGCUAAUUCGACCUGCAAA